CACAACGGACUUCCCUAGACCUGUCGGCCAUUGAAAAUUGAAAAUUCAGAAAAUGGAAAAAUUUCUUUCGGUGCGACAUGUUUUUUAUGGAUUUAUAACAUUUAACUAGGUUACUCGUGAUAUAAUGUACGUCAAAUGUUUCAAAGUAAAAGGCUGUAUUUAUCAAUAAAGUUUAUGUAUAUCACCAGACAAUACUUAAAAAAAGAAGCAUUUUCCCGGCGGAAACUAACAUUGUGAUAAUUUUUCUAUUGUAUUGAAAGUAUCAUUAUGGCUAAAGUAGAGCAGCCUAUAUUUAUUUUGCCGAAAAAACGAAACGGAAAAAAGCAGAAUGCCGUUCCAGGCCAUGUUGAUCAUAUAAUAACUGUUCAGGGCGCUGAUACUGAAUUGCCAACAAAAUAUAAAAAUGGCUUGUCACCAGUAACUGAACAUGUUGUCAAUGGCAUCAUACAUUCAACCAUGGAUGGCCUAAAAUCUAAUAUGAAAAUUAAUCUUCCCAUUAUCAAUGAUGUAAAUGAUGAAGAUUUGAUUGAUACAAAUAUACUUGUUGAUGCACAACACAAAUUGCAGAAAAAUGGUUACCAAGCUCUUUCUACUAUACACAACAGUCGUGAAAUUAUAGAUUUGUCUCCCAUUUAUGAGAAUUCUUCUGAUGCCUGUUCAAGUCUUGGUGACUUGAGAGAGACCAUGGAUGUAGACACCCAAAGAGGCUGCAGAAUACUAAACUCUGACAAUAAUGAAAGCUCCUGUGCGACUCCAAAUAGUAUGUCACAAACUCAGUCUGAGAAUAGUUUUGAAAUGGGUCCGCUGACUGAUAGUCUUAAGAAUAGUGCAAAAAGGAAAAAGCGUGUUAAUAUUGUACCAGGAGUAGUUGAUUCAGAAAAUCCAGAUACUGAAAUAACCACUUUAAGGGUUGAGUCUGAGGGUUCAAUUUCUCCUUCAUCAUUAACUGACAACUCUAAGGAUGGAUACUUGACAAUGACUGGAACAAUCAAACGAGGGAAGAAGAAAGGACAAAAUGUGGAUGUAAAAUUGAAUAUAUCAAGGGAGGAAUUGGAAAUAAUUGAAGCUGCUAUAGUUGCAGAAGAAUACAAUAAAAUGGAUGUAUCUAAAUGUUCUCUAUAUAAUGGGCCACAUAUCUUCAUAUUCAGUCUUCUUUGCAUUCCAUUUGUUGCUUGCAUAUCUGCAGCUUAUUCAUUUUACAUUGGCACUUUAGCCUGGUACAAUAUUUUCACACAUGUAACAGAAAACUUUAGUUGGAUCAAAAAGGCGAUUUUUGCACCCAUGGUAAUUCUAUCAUAUCCAUUUUUGAUAGUUGUGUUCACUAUUGGUGUAGGAUUGUACGCUGGCAUUGUACAACUCACAUUCAGUGGAGCGAAUUGGUGGAAAGACGUAUGUGAUUUUGAGAAAGGCUUCUAUGGUUGGCUCUGCAACUUUUUAGGUAUGUCAGAAUGCAGUCCCUAUGAAGUUGUAGUUUUGAUGGAUGUAAAACCAUCCUAAAAUAAACUGCAAGAAAUUUCUGCAUUUAGUAUC